AUGUCUUCAUCAUCUGCCCGCGCAACCUACAACGGAAGCACCGCGUACAUUCAACGAACCGGCGUUAAUUCCGGAAAGGUCCGAGUUUCGCCCCAGGUCCCAGUCCAUUUGACCUAUAACAUGGACCAAUUUGCUCAAGAAGGCGGAAAGAAGUCUGGCGAUGGCCAUUUACGACCUCCACUCGAAUUCCGCCGUGCGGAAACUCAAGCCGAGUCGGGAGCUCGAAUGCAGGCGCAGCUACGCGAAUUGGAGGAAAAGUUCAAUAAAAAGAACAGCUCUAGUGGCAAAGGCACUAGUGCUAAUAAAUGA